UAUUUUUAAACUCAACGCUCGCGAUAGAAACAAAACACAAAAUUAAAUGUCAUCAACUGACUAAUUGAACACUGAAUUUUUUGUGAGCACAACAAAUGAAUAAUUAACUUAAAUUAUUUAAAAUUUUCUAGUUUCCAGUUUGAGGUUACGAAAUCCAUCGUCACUUUUACUCAUAAUCAAAGUACACACGAGAGGACUUUGUGACUUUCUCAUUAUCAAGUAAGAAAUCAAAUUCGUCAAAAUGCUGAUUAAAGUGAAGACUUUGACUGGGAAAGAAAUUGAAAUUGACAUCGAACCAACAGACAAGGUGGAGAGAAUCAAGGAAAGAGUUGAAGAAAAGGAAGGAAUUCCUCCACAGCAGCAACGAUUGAUCUUUUCCGGAAAGCAGAUGAAUGACGAAAAGACCGCAGCCGACUACAAGGUGCAAGGGGGGUCUGUUCUUCAUUUAGUAUUAGCACUGAGAGGAGGUGAACAUGCCGAGUUUUAGAUAUGAAAUAAAUAUCAAACGCAAAGUCUGUAAUGGGUUUGAGAGUUGCAAAUUUUGUCAGCAUUGUAUUUAAACAAUCAUGAUGUUGAAUACAAAACUUAAAAUAACAGA